AUGGCUUCAGCUUUCACCAACGGCGCGACCGCCCUCAAUCCGACCUCCCAAGCUCCAGGAAAUCGCACCACCGCUCGUCAAACUCGUACGAACCCAUCGCGCGUCUCCAAAACUGCCGCUCGCUCAUUCCCCUACUACGGUCAAUCCUCUGCCGAUGACGCUGCUGCUCAGUCAGCAGCAGCCAACAACAUUCCUCAUGGCCUGUUUCCGGCUCUAACGCAUUUCACCGAUGCGAUUACGGCGUUGCCGAGAGAGUUUCGUCGGCAUAAUUCGCUUUUGAAGGAGGUUGAUGCAAAGGCUUGGGCGUUGGAGGAUAAUUUACAUCAGUUACUGUUGACGGCGUCGAAUUCGCGACCGGUGCCUUUUCCGCAAAAUCCGGCGCCGAUCGUUGAUGGGGAGGUGAGGGAGUAUGCACAUAUGAAUGACCCGCAAAAUGUCGAGUCGCAAGAAAGUAAACAACGUCGCCUGCUCUUUGAUCGUAUUCGCCGCACCCUAUCUGACCUCAUGUUGACCGCCGACGAGAAAAAUCACGUCUUGACAAACGCAAAUGAGGAACUUGACCACCAGUUGUAUCGCCUCGACGCCGUCUAUCCAUACAUCACCACAGAAGUUAGCGAAGAGGCUAGACUGGGUAGCCUCACUCACUGGGCCUAUUCGAAUCGGGCUACUGCUAAGGCUGCGGCAAAGACUACAACGGAACGUCCUCGUCGCGAAGCUGCUACGGCGACUACGCACCUUGUUCAAGCUCUGCAUGAAGCGGAAGUCGCGGCUCAUCGAAGCGAGGUUCGACGGGAAGCGGCAGCACGGAAACAACGUCGUGGUCAGGCGGAGUCGGAUUUUGAUGAAACCCGUCCUGUAGCACAACGCAAGGGUACUGGCAAGGGCCGUGGUGCGGGUGGUGAUGGUGCGGACUCUGGAGCUGCUGCUCCCGUCUCGAAGCGAAGGAGGGUUGUGGAAAAACCAGCCGCCAUGCAGACGGGUAGUGCUGCGAUGGAACGGUCUACCAGCACUGUCACGAAUAAUGGACGCACGGCUUCCAAAGAUAGUGCCGGUACUGAAGCUAAAAAGAGAGCCCGAGGGCCGAAUGCUGUUUCCACUGCUGGUCGCAAGAGGAAUAACACCGUUACGUCAACUGUGGAUUUACCUUCGGCGCCGUCUCCCCCUGUCAUUGGAACUUUCAAUCCCCCCAGGAGUGCUCCGAGCCCAGGACCUAGGCCACAAUCUUCUCGUGCUCAGCAAUCGACGACUGGUUCUCGCCAACGACCACCUUCGGCAACUAAUCGCACAAAUAGCAACAGUACGUUACCUUUAUCUGGAGAUGGUCCCUUCGAUAGCCAGUAUGCUAAUCCGGGAACAUUAGCAGUUCACCCACUGGAUUCCAAGGCCAAUGUUUCGGCAGAGGACCCUGCGCAAGAAAAGAUACCUCAACUGGACCCUGGAGAUAUUCGAUCAGCAGAUGCCAACACUGAUGCUGUGGACACAAAAGCAACUCUGGCGCUUGACAAGGAGAACCGGUUAGAUAAUAUGAAGCCGUUGGACGCUGUCAAUUCCGCAGGACAGAUGUCACCUGUCCUCCCCACGAUUGUCUCUGCCAAGGGCCGUUCAUCCAAGACAUCGACUCCGGUGGUGUCUACAUUCUCCGAGUCACAAACCAGAGUCCGGUCUUCACGCAACAACAAUAAUAAUAACAACGGUGGCGGCAACAACAACAACAACAACAACUCAGAGACAACCACAGUCUCGACUACGAAACGCAACACGCACAAAAAGAGCAACAGCACUGUCUCGGCAGCAUACAAAGCCAAGGCUGCGCAACAAGAAGAAGAGGAAGAAUCAUCCCGCGAGGGUGACGAUGAAGAUGACGAGAGUGAGCCGCGGUACUGUUAUUGCAAUCAGGUCAGUUUCGGAGAGAUGGUUGCGUGCGAUAAUGAUGCUUGUCCGACGGAGUGGUUCCAUUUGUCGUGUGUGGGGUUGGCAAAACCGCCUGGACGGAAUGUGAAAUGGUAUUGCACCGAGUGUAAGGAGAGUAUGAAGCGUGGUCGAGUCUCGACUAGAUAGGAUUAUUACAUGAGUUGCCAAUUACAGGCUAUUCUUGGCUUGUCAGUGUUUUGUGUUUCUGUGUCCAGCUGUUUGAAUGAAAUCAAUUAUCAAUCUCAGUCUAGUAUACCCUAACCCUA